CAACCACUUAUUCUUUCCUAACUAUCACCACAUCGUCACAAUGCCGCGCGCAGAGGCUGGAAGUACGAAAGCUAUCAGCAACAAGAUCAAACAGAAGGGUCUGGGCAGAUUGCGAUGGUACUGCCAAGCAUGUGAGCGACAGAUGAGAGACGAGAACGGCUUCAAAUGCCACGUCCAGUCCGAAAGCCACGUUCGUCAGGUGCUGCUCAUCGGCGAGGAUCCGAAGAAAUAUAUCGAAGAUUACAGCAAGCAGUUCAUUGAUAAUUUCCUCAGUCUUCUGAGAACGACGCACGGGGAGAAGGAGGUCAACGCGAAUCAGUUCUACCAGCAAAUUAUUGCAGAUAAAACGCAUAUUCACAUGAACGCCACGAAAUGGAAGAGCUUGUCGCAAUUCAUCGCGCACCUCGGUCGCGAGGGUCUUUGUCGAGUACAGGAAUCUGAAAAGGGGCUGUUUGUCGCGUACAUUGAUCGGAGUCCGGAUACGAUGCGCCGCCGCGAGGCGCUGGCGAAGAAGGAGCGGCAGGAUAAGGGCGACGAGGAGCGGGAGCAGCAGCAGAUCCAGGAGCAGAUCGAGCGCGCGCGUCAAGCCGCCGCAAAGGAGGAUGAGAUUGAUCCGGAGGCUAGAAACCUGCAGCGGAAGGAGGGCGAGAAAGUGAAGCUGAAUAUCGGGUUCGGUGCGAAGACAAGUGAGGACGCGAAGGCUGAGUCACCGGCAACGGCCACUUCGGCCGAAGAAAAGGACUCCAGUGCCUCGCCGGCUUCUCCGGAGGCCUCCGCCGCUGCCUCCCCUACGCCCGCGGCUGCUCCGACGGCGGCGGCGCCGAAGGUGUCGCUGUCUUUCGGGGGUGGCAGCAACAAGCCGAAGAAUGUGUUUGCGACGGCGGUGAAGAAGAAUCCUCUCGCAGGGAAGAAGGGUCCUGUGAAGGAGGCGCCCAGAAAGAUGACGGAGCAGGAGCGGAUCAUGAAGCAGGAAAUGGAAGCAAUGGAGCGCAAGCGUAUGCGCGGGGCAUCCGGUUUCCCGGAUGCUAAACGCCCGAAGAUCUCUUGAACGCAGGGCAGUCUGCUACUAUGACUGGGUGUGAGUUGAAACUCGGAAUCCUCUCACAUCUCUCUUCGCUGCCGCGCCUAGACACCGAUCUCGCGCGAGACCAUCGGUCCUCGUCCUCUGGCUUGUCUGGGCCUCUACGCCGCGAGGGCUUCUGCUUCAUUGGUGUCAGGAUCUUGCAGGAGCGCUCAAUCCAGCGCCGCGGGAGACCCGGACGGCAUCUCCACGCUAUGCGCAUCUGAUGCGCUACUAGACAGCAGCUCCGGGUGAGAGCGAUGGGUGUCUCCACGCGAGAGCGACUGGUGUCCCCUUUCGAUCAGGACUACUCAGCCAUGGCCUUGUGGAAUAAAGGGCUGGGGUGGAGGAUCAUUUUAGAUCCAGGGGCGGUAGAUGUCCCUUGAUAGCUUAAUUUCAGUCAUCUACCUAUGCUACCAGGCGGGUAAAAUGUAU